AUGGGCGCCAUCGGGCGCGCAUGCGCCGUCGUGAACCUGGACCCGGCCAACGACCAGACAAGCUAUCCUGCCGCCCUCGACAUUCGAUCUCUCGUGAAGCUAGAGGAUAUCAUGAAGGAAGAUCGACUUGGACCGAAUGGGGGCAUCUUGUAUGCCCUAGAAGAGCUUGAGAACAACUUCGAAUGGUUGGAGGAAGGCUUGAAGGAGUACAAGGAUGACUACAUCCUCUUUGACUGUCCCGGACAAGUCGAGCUUUACACGCACCACAACUCAUUGCGAAACAUCUUUAACAGGCUGCAAAAGAAGUCAGACUUUCGGUUCGUCUGCGUCCACCUCUCCGACUCCUUCUGCCUGACGCAGCCGUCGCUCUACGUCUCCAACGUCCUCCUCUCCCUCCGCGCCAUGAUCCAGAUGGACAUGCCGCACGUCAACAUUCUCUCCAAGAUCGACAAGGUCCACGCUUACGACGAGCUGCCCUUCAACUUGGAGUACUACACCGAUGUGGACGAUCUCACAUACCUCACGCCAUUUCUCGAAGCCGAGUCACCAGCUCUGCGAAGCGACAAAUUCGGCAAACUGAACGAGGCUAUCGCCGGCAUGAUCGAAAGCUAUGGUCUCGUGCGAUACGAAGUCCUGGCGAUCGAAAACAAAAAGAGCAUGAUGCACAUUCUUAGGGUGAUUGAUCGUGCUGGUGGAUAUGUCUUUGGUAGUGCCGAGGGCGCAAAUGACACGAUCUGGGCCGUGUCAAUGCGGAAUGAGGCCUCAUUGAUGGGUGGUGUCGACAUCCAAGAGCGCUGGAUCGACAACAAGGAGGCGUAUGAUCAGGAAGAGCGUGAAAUCGAGGAAGAACAGGAGAAGCUGCGACAGCAGCAGGCCAUGGAUCUUCAGCCGUCUCAGCCAGCGGCGCCGGCCUCUGGGAGCGCGUUUGAUCCGGACUUUGGUGAUAUGUCAGUGCCUCCGGAUAGUGGCAUCAACGUGACGCGCAAGAAAUGA